CAGAACUGGCUCGAAGGAGGAAAAUUGGAUCUGGUGUGGAAGGAGCAGCUCAAUCCCUAAGGAGCCCAGAUGGUGCGGUGGCUGUACCUGUCCGGGCUGGUGCUCGCCGUGCUCAUCCCGGCCGGAGGGCAGGUGGCUCCCAAGGACCUGGAGGAGCUGUCCAGAUGGAAGCUGUUGGGAGCCCAGAACUCCCAGAGCUUCCUGUCCCACGUCAAGCGACACUCGGAGGGGACCUUCACCAGCGACUUCACGCGGUACCUGGACAGGAUGAAGGCCAAGGACUUCGUGCAUUGGCUCAUCAACACAAAGAGGUACAAUUAACAGCAAAUCCAGGCAGCAGCUCUCCAGCCACAUCCACGUGGGAAGGUUGGGCCUCUCCUCAUCCGCCGGGAUCAGGAGCUCCACAGAAGGAUUCACCCAUCACCUGCAGCUCCCAGACCCAGCCAAUGGUUCCUAGGAGCUCCACAGAAGGGUUCACCCAUCACCUGCAGCUCCUGGAUCCAGCCCAUGGCCCCUGGGAGCUCCACAGGAAGAAUUCACCCAUCACCCAUAGAUCCUAGACCCAGCCUGUGCUUCCUGGGAGCUCCAGGUGAUGGGUGAAUCCCUCCCCUGCCGCUCCCAAGCCCAGUCCAUGGUCCCUGGGAGCUCCACAGAAGAAUUCCCAGCCCCCAGACCCUGUCCAUAGUCCCAGAGCUUCACAGAAGGAUUCACCCAUCACCCACAGCUCCUGGACCCAGUCCCCAGUCCC